UAAACGUUUAAUGAAAGAAGCAGCAGAAUUGAAAGAUCCAACAGAUCAUUAUCAUGCACAGCCUUUAGAGGAUAACCUUUUUGAAUGGCACUUCACAGUUAGAGGGCCCCCGGAUUCAGAUUUUGAUGGAGGAGUUUAUCAUGGACGAAUAGUACUGCCUCCAGAGUAUCCCAUGAAACCACCAAGCAUUAUUCUCCUAACGGCUAAUGGACGAUUUGAAGUAGGCAAGAAAAUCUGUUUGAGCAUCUCGGGACAUCAUCCUGAAACUUGGCAGCCUUCAUGGAGUAUAAGAACAGCAUUAUUAGCCAUCAUUGGGUUUAUGCCAACAAAAGGAGAGGGAGCCAUAGGUUCUCUAGAUUACACACCUGAGGAAAGAAGAACCCUUGCGAAAAAAUCACAAGAUUUCUGUUGUGAGGGAUGUGGCUUUGCCAUGAAGGAUGUCCUGUUGCCUUUAAAAUCUGGAAGCGAUUCAAGUCAGGCUGACCAAGAAGCCAAGGAACUGGCUAGACAAAUCAGUUUUAAGGCAGAAGUCAGUUCAUCUGGAAAGCCUAUCACUGAGUCGGACUUAAACCACUCUUUUUCACUGAACGAUUUACAGGAUGAUAUACCUACAACAUUCCAGGGUGCUACAGCAAGUACCUCGUGUGGAGUCCAGAACACCUUAGCAGCGUCCCUUCAACAACCUGCCCAACCGGUAGCUGAGGAUACCUCCAUGAGCCCUCGACAGCGCCGGGCCCGGCAGCAGGGUCAGAGAAGGUCGUCUGCUUCACCAGCUGUGACCCAGGGCCGGCCGCCAAGAGACCACCACACUGAUCAUGGCGGAUCUGCCGUGCUGAUUGUCAUCUUGACUUUGGCAUUGGCAGCUCUUAUAUUCCGACGGAUAUAUCUGGCCAAUGAGUACAUAUUUGACUUUGAGUUAUAAUAUUGUUUUGUGUCUUAAGAGCUGUGACUCAGCUACUUCAUUAAACAUUCUGCAUUGGGUAUAAUCUAAGAAUUGUUUACAAAAAGAUUAUUUUGUAUUUACCCUUCAUUCCUUUUUCGAUCCUUAUAAUUCAGUAUAAAUAUAGCUAGACAUUCAGACUGUGUCCUGCUUAGUAUAAGGGGCUGGAAGUCAAAGUCCCUUGUCUCUCUGUAUGACCUGCUUUAUAGGGAAAUAACUUAUUGUUGUUUCUCAUGCCUCAGCUUCUCUUUAUGUAAAUUUGUGAUACUUUUCUGUAUAGCCCUUUAAAAUUUUUGGAUAAAAAAUGGUAUUUUAAGUUCCAA